AAGCCUCCUACGAACUCGAACCCUCGCUGCUGCGGUGCUGCCCGGCGCUGUCUCCUCCCCGGCUCCCAGCGAAUCCUGCCGCUCCCCCGCGGCCAGGCGGCCACCGCCCUCUGCUCCCCGGCUCCCCGUUGCCGCCAACCACCCGCCUCGGGACGGGUUGGGACUCGGGACUGGAGAGCAUCGCCGCCGCCAGCCACCCCGUUGCCGCCAACUACCCGCCUCCACCCAGCAACAAGCCUCCACCUCCUCCGCCGGCCGGCUCUCUGCCGCCUUCUGCCGUCAGGGACUCGCAUCUCGCCGUCGCCUGUCACUGACUUGCCGUCUCCCCAAUUGUCCACCCAAAUCAGCAAAUCCCCAAUCGGUAGCAGCUGCUUGUCAGUGGACUGGGCAAGAUGUCUGGCAAUCCAACCGGUGUUGACAACACUUUCCGGAGGAAAUUUGACAAGGAGGAGUACUUGGAACGAGCUCGACAGAGGGAGCAGGAUGAGAAGGACGAAGCUCGGAAAGGCAAGGAUAGGGGUCCUCCUGUGCAAAGACAACCUUUGAAACAUAGGGACUAUGAAGUUGACCUUGAGUCUCGUCUUGGGAAGACCCAGGUGGUAACCCCAAUUGCACCUUUGAGUCAGCAGGCUGGAUACUACUGUUCAGUAUGUGAGUGCGUUGUUAAAGAUUCAGCUAAUUAUUUGGAUCAUAUAAAUGGCAAGAAGCACCAGAGAGCAUUGGGCAUGUCUAUGCGUGUUGAAAGGGCAUCACUCGAACAGGUUCAAAAAAGGUUCGAGUCACUUAAGAAAAGGAAAGAUCCAGGCAGCUUCAGCGAACAAGAUUUGGAUGAGAGGAUAUUGAAACAACAGCAAGAGGAGGAGGAGAGGAAGCGUCAACGCAAAGAAAAGAAGAAAGAGAAGAAGAAAGAGCAGGCUGGCCAGAAUGAGCCUGAGGAUAUUGACCCUGAUGUUGCUGCUAUGAUGGGUUUUGGAGGGUUCGGGACCUCGAAGAAGUGAAAUGCUGCUGCUGCCGCCUCCGGUGGUGUCUUUUCAGCGACUUGUGGCUUCUGAAGACAUGGUCGAGAGGCUGUAUGCACUUGUAUCCCAAGACAGCGUCAGACACAACUCGAUGAUGUAGAGCUGCAGGGUGGGAUUAAUCUCCUAUAACUCUUGAACAAAUUGAUUGUAACUGCUGCAUGAUAAUGCCUGUGCAAGGAGGCUGUAUGCACUUGUAUCCCAAGACAGCGUCAGACACAACUCGAUGAUGUAGAGCUGCAGGGUGGGAUUAAUCUCCUAUAACUCUUGAACAAAUUGAUUGUAACUGCUGCAUGAUAAUGCCUGUGCAAGGAGGCUAGCAUCUAGACUGUAAUGGACGACAGGACGAGGUUGUAUAAGUGUGUGAUCACCCGAGACCUUUGCGCGUGUGUGCUUCCAGCUUGGCUGGAAAAAGACCUGGGUAACAUUUUGUAUUCCGUUGUCUUUUGAUAGUGGAAUUCGAACGGAUCGCAUGGAAAAAAAA